AUGGAGCCUAAGGAGUAUUCUCCUAGUUUCACCAGCCGGAGUACAUCCUUCAUACCCUUCGACCAACAGUCCGACAGCAGAAUCAUUUUAGACGAUGAGAAGUUGCCGCCGGUUGAUGGUGGAGUUCAAGCAUGGCUGUUUCUUAUGGCAUCUGCAAUGCUCGAAGCUCUAGUUUGGGGUUAUGCAUUCGCCUUUGGUAUAUUCCAAGACUAUUAUAGUACACACGAGCCAUUCAAAGGAUCCGAAAACAUUGCAAUUAUUGGCACUUGUGCGAUGGGUAUCGCAUAUCUGAUUGCCCCGUUGGCAAUAAUUUUGAUGAUCUUAGUGCCUAAAAUUGCUCGCUGGGUGUCCACCAUAGGAGUUGUUAUCAUGUGUUUGUCUUUGGCACUGAGUUCCUUCUCUACCAACGUCGUGCAUCUUAUUUUGUCACAAGGAAUCGGCUUCGGAAUUGGUGGAUGCUUUGCCUAUACUCCCACCAUCCUAUUCAUGUCGGAGUGGUUCGAUAAACGAAAAGGGCUGGCUUUUGGUAUUGUCUGGGGCGGGUCCGGUGUAUCCGGAAUUGUCUUCCCACUUGCCAUCCAGUGGCUUUUGAACCAGUAUGGCAUUGAGGCUACGCUUCAAAUAUCCUCAGUGGCAUUGUUCAUUCUUGCUGUGCCUUUUCUCUACUUUCAUCGACCGAGGCUGCGUACGACAGAAGUUGCAUAUCACCGUUUGAAUUUUCGAUUCUUAUACAACAAAGUUUUUAUAAUUUACCAGCUCGGCAACACGCUGGAAGCAAUCGGAUUCUUCUUGCCGACAAUAUACCUUCCGACCUACGCACGCAGUCUAGGUGCGACUGACUACAUGGCGUCUCUCACCGUAAUGCUCGUGAAUUUGUUUGCAGUGUUUGGUUCUGUCAUCAUGGGAUUCCUUUCCGACCGAUAUCACAUCACUACCUGCAUUUUGAUGUCGACUGUCGGUACCGUUAUCGCAGUCUUUUUUGUUUGGGGGUUUGCUGCCACUAUUCCCCCUUUAUACGUCUUUUGUAUCGCCUAUGGUCUUCUCGCGGGUGGCUUUUCCUCCACAUGGGCGGGUGUCUCCAACGAGGUGCAGAAGGCCAAUCCAUUGGCAGACGCGACUGUCAUUUUCCCAUUCAUGGAAACAGGGCGUGGAAUUGGCAAUGUGGCAAGUGGCCCCCUAAGUGAGGCUCUGCUCAAGGCAGACAACUGGCGAGGACAUGCGUUGGGUGCAUAUGGCACUGGCUACGGGACACUCGUUGUUUGCACCGGCGCAACUGCAUUGAUAGGCGGAUUAUCUGUGGUGGCCCGGCACUUAAAGUGGAUAUAA